UCCAAGUAAAUUCAGUCCAUUAAAAGGUCAUCUGUGAUAAUCGAUGUUUUUUUUUGUUGUUCAAAUCAAAUCAGUUAAUUGUAACUUUAAUAAUCUAAAAGUGUGAUUAUGAUUUACCUUUUACCUUUAAAAAUUUAACGGUAAUCGCUAUACAAUAAAUUGUCAACAAACUGGUGAUCAAUUUUGAUUAUCACUACAAUAUAUCAACGGUAGUUUAUACAAUAGAAAUACAGUAUUAGAUAAUCAAUUGAUUUGAUUAGAAAGACGUUCACAAUUUAUCAUUAAUUGUUAUUAUUAUCAAAUAAUCAACAUAACCAUAUGACCCAAUCGUUGAUUAUAACUACACAUUAAUGAGCCUCUCGUACCUUUGAAUAUUAAUUGUAUUUGUAUAUUAACACUGUUUGAUUAUCUAUCAAGUAUUUUGUGAAUUAUCUCGAGUUAAAUUACAACAAUUAACUAAUCAGAUGGGUGAUAAUUCAGAAAAUACAACAAACAACAAUCAAGAUACAUCAAAACCCUCAUUCUUUGGUGUCAAAUCUUAUAUUCAUCAUUUUUAUGAGCCAGUUUCAGAUGGUUUCAAAAGUGAUUAUUCAGAUGAAUCAGAUGAAUCAAGGUAUUUAAUUGCUCCAAAGCAAAACAGGAGAGCACCAAGAAUAUGGAAAUUUGCUUUCUGGUUCGGUUUCACUUUGCUUGUGGUUGGAUCGUUCAUCUUAAUCUUUGCUUAUGGUUAUCCUCGUAAGCAAGUUGUUAUCGGUCAAGCGGAAGACACGGAAAUAGUUGACCGGUUGGCCAUUGAGUUUAACAAGAAACUGGACUGGGCCAAGAUAAUUGGUUUGGCCGUUUUUUGUUGCGGUGGGUCACUUUUGGCCUUCACCCUUUUGCUUCCGAGUCUUGUUGGUGUUUCUUGUUUAGAUGAUGAAGACGACGAUGAUACAACCCCAUUCAAAGUGACCGUUCCCGAAGUGGUUCAUGUGGAUGGGGAUCUUAAGGAAAAAGCUAAAGACUCUAACUUUAGGAUUCCAGUGACGGAAAAAGUGACCAGUGUCCAACCGUCGCGAGAAAAAGCCGAGUCAGUUGUCACCGAAUCUGGGUUAACACAGAUGAAAUGAUUACAGAAUUUACAGAUUGAUCAAUAAUUUUCCCUUUUCUUUUCUAUUACAAAAUUAAUCUAAAUGAAAAUGUGACAAUAACAAAGAGGAUAAAGAACCAAGAAAAUGACAAUUCGAUUAAAGUUUCUACUCAUCUUCCUUCCUGA